AAAGUCUCAGCUUAGCGCGUCAGCAUGGUCAUGAAAAAAUUGUGUUUUCUCCUUUUGAUGGCACAUUAUGCCGAGUCAAUUCAGACAAAUAUUAACAGCGGAAAUUUGAACGCUAUUCUUGAUCGAGAUGAAUGGACGAAAAUGGCCAGUGAAUACAUAAAGAAUCACAAGCCGUAUAUUGUAAAGAAGUACGAGCCAUACAAGCCUGGAAAACUGAAUUUAACCAUCCCAUCGGUCGGCCAAGAAUGGGAAACAACAACGAUUCAAGCAGUCAUUGAAGCUACUACAGUUGAGCCGGAAUUAUCUACAAGCCACUUUACUGAAGAAAUCUCCACAACAACAAGCAAUAUCUUCGAUGUGGAAGGUACAACAGAGGCAACAACUGCCCAAACGACAACUACAGAUACGGAAUCACCAGCGGACACAACAGAGCAAAGUCACACCAGCACAGAAAACCCGGAAUCAACCACAAGCAUGGCCGAGAUGACGACAUCAAGCAGCAUCGCUGAAACAACUUCCAUCAUAGACACCACUACCGUCUCCUUUAGGGAGGAAACGACCGGGGAAGCAUCAGAAACGACAACAGAACCAACUGUGGUUACGACAGAGAGUCCAGAAACAUCUACGUCAGUGUUGGAAAUAAUUGCCACGACUGAGGGCAUUGAAACUACAACCUAUUUAGAUAAUCUAAUAUAUAAUCCCCAAGUGGAGGAGUUUAUAGACCUCCUAAACGGCACAACUACUGAAGUAAUUGAGACGAGCGUUACAGCCACUACACUCAGGAGCGCGGCCCUUGUUGACGAUUUUGUGCAGCCAAAGCCAAGAAAUUUCCGAUACUCUUCAGAUACAAGACCUGAACCGUAUUGGCUGUGA